UCAAACACUGUGGGUCCACCCUCACCCGACCUUUCCAAUAGGUUUCAAAUUCAUCCCAACUGGCAAACAGUAGCCGAAUAAUUCAUCAUUUCAAACCUCUUCCGCUGGCCGUCGAAUUGAAAUUACAGUGAUUAAUCCGACGGCUGUCAGAGGUGGACUCAAACGGACCCCACCCAUUUUCAAAUUCCCAUCUAUUAAGGAUUCGUUUCUUUCUCUCACUCUUUUUCACUUUUGUCUCCUAUUUCCAACACAGUGUAUUCUGUAGCCUCUCUCUCUCCGUUGUCUUGCGCGUGGUUUUGCUCACAUGGCUAAUCACCGGAAAACAGCUUUUCUCAGCGUUCGAAACCGUCAUCGUAAACCACCUUCGCGGACCAUGCAUUAAAGACAUCGUCUCUGUCUUCUUGUAAUCCCUCUAAUGGCAUUGUCCUUCAUAUCUGUUUUCUCUGUGCUUUGGGUCUCCGUACUGCUCCUCCUGUGUCUGCAAGUCGAUUCAGAGCCAAACGCAGACAAGCAAGCCCUUUUAGAUUUCCUCUCGGGAGUGCUUCACUCGAACCGCCUUCAAUGGAACCAGUCAGUCUCUGUCUGCAACUGGGUCGGAGUCGAAUGCAACGACAACCGUUCUUACGUAUACUCUCUUCGUCUUCCAGCUGUGGGACUCGUUGGUCAGAUCCCUUCCAACACCCUCGGCCGUCUUACCCAACUCCGCGUUCUCAGCCUCCGUUCGAAUCGUCUUUCCGGAAAGCUUCCUACUGAUUUUUCUCAGUUGAAGCUUCUGCGCAAUAUCUACCUCCAGAACAAUCUCUUCUCAGGCGAGUUCCCCUCGAGCUUGACUAGAUUGACUCGGCUUACACGGUUGGACCUGUCGUUCAAUAACUUCACCGGAGAAAUACCCUUCUCCGUCAACAAUCUUACCCACUUGACUGGGCUUUUCCUGCAAAACAAUGGAUUCUCUGGGAAUCUCCCCAGCAUUGAUCCCUUAGGUUUGAUCGAUUUCAAUGUUUCUUAUAACAAUCUCAACGGCCCCAUUCCUCAAACGCUCUCAAUGUUCCCUGCUUCUUCUUUUGCCUGCAACAUAAAUCUCUGUGGAACACCGUUGAAGCCCUGCAACCCAUUUUUCUCAUCCAAAAAACUAUCCAAAGCAGCAAUCAUCUCGAUUUCUGUCGGGGCAGGCAUAAUCUUAUUAAUUUUGCUUCUGAUUCUUCAUCUUUGCUUGCGGAAGCGGCAUCGGAGGAAAGCAGGGAAGCAUCCAAAGCCGGGGACUCGAUCGGUAGUCGCAGAGACGGGAACAUCUUCGAAAGACAAUGGCCCGGGUGGGUCAGCCGAAUCAGAGAGGAACAAGUUGGUAUUCUUCAAUUGUGGAAACAAUAACUUCGAUUUGGAAGAUCUACUGAGAGCAUCAGCAGAGGUGUUAGGGAAAGGAGGCAUGGGUACAUCAUAUAAGGCUGUAUUGGAGGAAGGAACGACUGUUGUGGUGAAGAGAUUGAAAGACGUCGCCGUCUCGAAGAAGGAAUUCGAGUUGCAGUUGGAAGCUCUAGGCCAGAUCAAGCACAAUAAUGUGGUACCCUUCAGAGCAUUUUACUACUCCAAGGACGAGAAGCUUCUCGUCUGUGAUUUCAUCCCUAAUGGAAGCUUAUCUUCCCUUCUUCACGGGAGCAGAGGUUCGGGUCGGACGCCACUGGACUGGGACCACCGCCUGAAGAUAGCGGUAAGUGCCGGGAAGGGGCUGGCUCACCUUCACGGGUCAGAUAAGAUGGUGCACGGCAACAUCAAGUCGUCGAACGUACUGCUGAAGUCGGACCUGGAUGCGGCUAUGUCGGACUUCGGGCUGAACCCGUUGGCAGGAACGUCAACUCCGCCGCAGCGAGUGGCGGGCUACCGUGCGCCGGAGGUGGUGGAGACUCGGAAGGUGAGUUUCAAGUCUGACGUGUACAGUUUUGGGGUUUUGCUGCUCGAGCUGCUGACGGGGAAGUCACCAAACCAGGCGUCGGUUGGGGAAGAAGGGAUUGAUUUGCCGAGAUGGGUCCAAUCGGUGGUGAGGGAGGAAUGGACGGCGGAGGUGUUUGAUGUUGAGUUGAUGGAAUACCAUAAUAUUGAGGAGGAGAUGGUGCAGCUUCUACAGAUCGCAAUGGCUUGUGUAUCCACGGUGCCAGAUCAACGGCCUGAUAUUAGGGAAGUUGUGCGUAUGAUGGAUUAUAUUAAUCGGCUUGAUACUGAUGAUGGAAUUCGUCAGUCGUCUGAUGACCCUUUUAAGGGAUCUGACGGUCAAACGCCUCCGCAGGAGAUAGGGACUCCUCUUGCUGGCGUCACACCGUAGAGCCAGUCCCGAGUCUCAUGACCCGUUUCAUUUCCAGGAAAAAUCCGAACGAAAACCCUGGGUAAAAAAAAAAGAAAAAAAAAGAAAAAGGGAAUCAAAACCAAAGAGAGAAAUUGGUGAUUUGGUAAUUUUUCUAUUUUUAUUUUUUAAUCUCUUUUAUUGGCCCCCCUUUUUCUGUGUGAUUUUUGAGAGCUUGAACAUUCUUUUUCUUUUCUUGUGAUUGGGGCCUUGGGAAGAGGGUUGAUCUGAUUAAGCAUUAUUUGUUGAAUUUUGUGGGGGUUUGAGUGGAAAUGGCUUCCUAAUCUAA